CAGUCAACUCCUCCCGAAAACGCUCCGUGAUCCGUCCAAGCCCCACUCGGCAGGACGAAGAAUUAUCUGUUGGGUAUGUGGUCCAGAUAUCCUCCACAAAAUGUCUCACUAUUCGGUCAGUAGUUUUGCCUCCCGGGAACGCUACGCGAUUCGUUCAUGCAUAACUCUGCAGGACAAAUUGCUAGCUGUGGGGUAUGUAGCCCAGACACACAACACAAUAUUUAUCACUACUCAGCGACAAUCCUCAUCCUGGAUCGAUAAAUACUUUUUUUG